AUGUCCUCUCUAAACCUCACAUCCCUCGAAUAUAUGACCCGCGAAUCCCUCGCCUCUUCGAUCCAAAACUCGCCUUCAGAGACCCUCCCAGACAAAACGGCGGUCAUAGACGUGCGUGACUCCGACCACGUCGGCGGGCAUAUUAAAGGGAGCACAUGGGUGCCCAGUAGUCAGUUAGACUAUAAGACGCCGGAGCUGAUACGGACGUUGAAGGAUAAGGAGGUUGUGGUUUUCCAUUGUGCGUUGAGUCAGCAGAGGGGGCCGAGUGCGGCGUUGAGGUAUCUAAGAGAGAAGGAGAGACUGGAGGGUGGUGAGGCGGAGGAGGCUGCUGGGGGUGAUGGGGGAGAUGAAGGGGAGGGCAAAGAACAGAAUACAAACAAGGCAAAUAAGAAGGAGCAAAAGGUGUAUGUGCUGAAAGGAGGAUUUACAGAGUGGCAGGAGAAGUAUGGCGAGGAUAAGAAGUUGACGGAAGGGUAUCAGAAGGAUAUUUGGGAGUUUGGGUACUAG